AUGGAUCACCUCACAAAAUUCGUCUCGUUGAGGGCUCUGAAGACAAAAACGGCAAAAGAAGUAGUUGACAACAUCGUAUCGAUUUUUGGAACCUUUGGUGUUCCACAAAUUCUUCAGACAGACAAUGGCAGAAAGUUUGCAAAUAAACUCUUGGAAGAAGCCGUCGCUCAAUGGCCUGGUUGCAAGAUCGUUCACGGGAAACCGCGCCAUUCGCAGUCACAAGGAAGUGUAGAGCGAGCAAACGCGGAUAUCGAGGAUAUCUUGAGCGUUCAGCAAAGAGAAACAAAAACUACCGGGUGGGCCCGAUUUUUGCCCUUGAUUAAAUAUCGUAAAAACAUCAGAUUUCAUUGCGGUAUUGGACGUAGCCCAUAUGUUGCAAUGUUUGGACAAGACCCUGAAAAUGCUAAGGAAGAAGUUUUGUCAGAUGACGACGGAAUCCAGCAAACAAGUGCCUACGAGGAGGAGGAGAAAACGCUUCAGGAAGAUAAUUCUACUCGUUACACCGAUCUACGACCUAUAAGCUUCACCGAUCGACCCAAGAUUGGACCACGAAAUUUGAUGGGAGUCGUCACAGUUGUAACUGAUGGUUUUUACUCGAUGGGGACACAAAAUGGGCAUCGGCAAAGAUUGACUAGGAAUCAACUGGCUCCAUGUGGAGCUGAAUUCUACUCAAGCAAUUCAAUUCCGGACGGAGAGACGUCGUUGAGAACUGCUGUUGGGGCAGCAUCGAUCUCCGGGAGCCAAGGUCACGCUCAUUGCUUAUGCCUGAGCGGAUGUACGACAAAU